CAAAUAGCCAGCAGUGGUAGAUAAUUUUUUAGCGACAAUGCCUAGAGAUAAAGAAGCCAUUGGCAAAAUAGGUGGCGGUAUGUUUAUACUGAUUCUGGUGAUACUGUUUUUUGCGGCUCAUGGAGGUUCAAAUGAAAUGAUGUACAUCACACUGACGUUUGUAUUUAUAAUAAUUGCAUUAUUUUCCUAUGGUUUCUGGUCAUCGGUAUCUAAAGGCGAAGGCAUUUGGCAAUACGUGGGAAAGCAUAAUCUACAGCACCAGCAGAUCUCGAACCCGAACUAUCAUUUCGGAUCGUUUCGUACGAACAACUAUAAGGAAAAUCCUAACAAAAAUGUACACCUCUGUGCACCGCCUAAAAUGGGCGGCGCGAGACUCAACAUAUACACUAUACCGUUAAACAAUUCUCAGUCAUCUCUAUCGCGUAGUCCAUCGGUACGGUCACCGGUAGAUAAUCAGCACCAUCAGCGCACUCAAUCGGUGAGGCGAUCGCCAUCCAAUCAGCAGCAGCAACAACAUCACCACCACCACCAUCGGCAAAUCGGCAGAACCCAGUCAUCCAUUCACCACUCAAUGCAUAGUCAUCAUAAUCAUCACCGGAGCAGUAGUUUUAGGCGAUCUCCAAAACCUAAUGAACCGAUUAAUGGCGGACGCGGUAAUGGUGGAGAGGUUAAUGUAGAAAUACAUGACAGUGCCGCCCAUAACGCUACUGUAACUACCGCUUCUUCUUCUUCUACUACUACUACUACUACUACAACUGGCGCCAGUAAUACUGGCGGCAAUCCGACAGUCGCAUUGAAAGACAGGCCAAAUGAAGUGAAAUUAACGGUUCCCGAGCCAUGA